GGCACCGGAAUCAUGUUAUCUGCAGUCAGCGUUCCAAUGCACUUUGAAGGAAAACAUUAAUUACAAACAGUUGAACAUUUCAACAGUGAACUUAUAAUUAUACUUGGGUACUUAUUUGGUAAGGCUUUGAUGUAAAGUAGACCAUCAGACUAGUGAAGCUUUGCACUGGUGAAGUGAAGAAUAAUGUUGGAGAUUGUUAAACUCUUGCAGUGAAGUGACUGGUGUCUUUAACAAAGUAGUGAUAAGGUGAACUUAAAAGUAGUCAAGUGAAGUGAGAAAUACCUAUAUUGGAGAGCUUUUUGAAAAAGUUGAGCAUCAAACUAAUGAAAUGAAGAAAAAUGUUAGAAAUAUUUGAUGUAUUUGUGAAAUGACUGGUGUCUUCGACAAAGCAAUAAAACAAAGUCAAAAUGAAUCUGGUGAAGUGAGAAAUACUUAUACUGGAAAGUUGAGCUUCGAACUAGAAAAGAGAUAUAAAAAAAUAUUUGAAAUAUUUCAUGUGUUCGGAAUGUGAUUGGUGUGUUAGACAAAAAAAGUUAUUCUUAUUUGUAAGAGAAGAAGCAGUGAAGUUGAUAAAAAAGUUUAAAAAACAGACUCCUAUAAUGACGGUGUUAGUGUGCGUCAUGUUGCAGUACAUCAAUCUGCUGUUGAUGAUGAUGGCGGGGGCGGGGCUAUCGACGGCGACGCUGCUGCUCUUCUUCGCCAGCUCCACCAAGUAUCCUCUGCGGUCGCCGUUACUGCUGGAGUGUCGUGUAGCGACCGCCGCGCUGACCUCGGUCGCGGCGACCCUGACCUUGCUGGGGUUACUGCUGCAGGCUGGACUCGGAGCCAAGACCUGGCGCCGCCCUAUUCUUAUUACAUACUCGGCAAUGAUGGCGGCGGUGGUGUGUUGCGAGGCGUGCGCGGCGGCGUGGCUGUGCUGGCGGCUGUACCUGCUCGUCGCUGACCAGCGCCUCGUGGCGGCAUUCAGCUGGAACAAGAUCUAUGCUGACAUUGUUAAGGAGUUGACCCCCGACAGGCCCUACGUUUUGUAUGUGGCCGGGGCGUGCGCGGUGUUCUGUGCUGUUCUGCAGUGCCUGGCCUUCCUGCUGGCAAUCCUUGCCUCCAGGUCUUCAGCAGGCUUGGGGACGGUCCCCGCGGAGAGACAGCAGUCAGCAGACCGCGCAGACAACAAGACGCUGCUUUUGUAA